AGUUAGACAAGAGAGAAGCCUUCCUUGCUGGCACGCGGUGAUGACGCAGGCGCCACGGCUCUGCGACACGUUGGGCGUGGGAACCGGAAGCGGCUGGGUUGCAGCGGCGACAACAACAGAAGCAGCGCGGCUCGUUCGGCAAGGCCUGACGGCGAAACCUCUGGGCAGCCACUGGGGAGAGGGGGUCGCGGAGCCAUGGGGAAGAAGAAAAAUGGGGUUCCGGACAGAUGGACACAAUAUGUACCACUUGGAAAGAGAAUACAUGGAACACGAUUUAUUGCUUUUAAAGUUCCUCUUAAGAAGACAUUUGAAUGGAGACUUGCCCCAAAUGAACGGUUUUCUCCAUUAGACCUUAUUAGUCAAGUUAGAGAACAGAAUGAAGAACUUGGCUUGAUUAUUGAUUUGACGUAUACCACUCGCUAUUAUGAGCCAGAGGAGCUGCCAGACAUGUUGCAGUACUGUAAGAUUGUAACAGUUGGUCAUGAAGUGCCAAACAAGGACACAGUGUUUAAAUUCAAAAGUGCUGUGAAAAAGUUCCUGAUGGAGAACCAACAUAACGACAAGCUUAUUGGAGUUCAUUGCACACAUGGCUUAAAUCGAACUGGUUACCUUGUUUGCAGGUACCUAAUUGAUGUCGAAGGAAUGGAUCCAAACAUGGCAAUAGAAUUGUUUAACAGAUGCAGAGGGCACUCUAUAGAAAGGAGGAACUACAUAGAAGAUCUUAGGAGAAGAACUGGUAGAAGGAAUCAUCGUAUGGCUGCUUCAGGAACCGGUUGGAUGAAAGAACACUUUGGCCCUGUCCUCCAUCCUGGAUUUCAAGCUUCUGCAUACAGCCCACAACAUUUGCAGCCAUUUCCAUUGGAAGCACCAAGGCGCUUCCCACCUAGGCGAGGAAGGGGUGGACAAAACUCCCACAGAAAACCCAAUUGUGCCCAAAACCAAAACUUCAUCACUUGUUAUGACAACAGUCAGCCUGUUUACAGUCCUUGGUACCCCCCUGCAGCUGAUGCCUUCCAGCAAAGAUCGGAUUAUGCUAUUAGACCCAACCAUGGGCUGUGCUAUUCUUCUUACCAGCAACAGUUGCAAGGACGUGAAGGGCCAUAUUUGCCAGUGCAAAAUCAUCCUUAUUUACAGCAACAAGGAAGGUAUAAAAUCAGUAGACAACCCCGUUGAAAUCUUUAUUGCUAGAAAAAUAAUUGACAAGACACACAAUCUCAUACUAAUGAACAGAAAUCCAUUCUUGGCUUGCAAUUUAUUCAGCAGAUGAGGACCAGCAGGUUACUUUACAUCAUUGCUAUGUAGUUUUAUUUUUGUGAUUGCUUACAAACAAGAUGUAGCCAUUCCAGCCGUUAAUUUAAGAAGUGCGUAUUGGCUGGCCUCUUGAAAUGUGUUUUAUUAAGUCAUGUUUGGAACAUAAAAGCCUCCCUAUUACAGAAGCUUCUUCUACAGAUGUUAGCACGCUGAUCUUAAAAUUUGUGUUAAAUAAAGAUUACUUUCCUCUGCUACAGUUGAAUACAAUGUACUGACAUGUCCCCAGCAAGGAACUGGGCUUGCUCCUUUUGUAAUGGGUUUCUGCCUCAUAUAUCAGUUGGACUCCAGUGCCCAACUAGAUUCCUGGAGCUAAUUCCUGUUGCCUCUGCAACCUGGAAACACUCUCCAGGCGGUCCAGUUCCACAGGAGUGACUGAUGUUAAUUGUACCAUUCAUAACGUGAUUCCAUAUGUAACUGAAACAGUGUGGGACUGGACUGUGUGGAAGCAGUUCUACUCUGUAAUGAUAAUUACUAGGUUUAGGAUUUUGGCUUAUUUUGCAAUUUAUUUAUUUAUUUGCCAUCUGUUGUAACAUAGAGCGUGCCUCAUUUGCCUUGGUCUGUUGGAGUUGAUAUUUCAGAGACAUGGUAUCAUUCCUGUUCUCUGCUUGUGGUCUUGGACUGUAUGCAAGGUAGAAAGCUGUAGAAGUUGCCCUGCCAUGAAGCAUGGUGGUUGGCAGCUGUUGGCUGUCAAUGAAGAACAACAGUGUGGAACAGUUUGCUUAUGGAGCUCCUACGUGAGCCCAGCUGAAAUGAACAGGGUUUUUUUUAAUGAAGCUUACAUAGGAAAACUUCCCACUAGUUUUAGUGUGGGGAGAUGGGCAUGGAAAUCCAGAACCUGAUUCUGAAACAAAGAUUCACCUGCAAUCUAUAGUCUGUGUCUGUCAACUGUGACUGGGAGUAAACAAUUUAUAUAAAUAUGAAAAUUAAAAAAUAAGUACAAUA